UGCGGGAGGCUUCGGGGAACAACAAGGAUCCUCCUAGGCAGCAAUUUCGGUCGCCGUCUGUGUGUAGGGGUGCCUCCGCUCGCCCCCAGUGGAUGCAGUCUCCGUCUCCCCUGUCCGCCGGUUCGAGUGCAGGGCAUCGUGCUGGCGAGUGUAGGGAGACGGCGCCUGCCGUUGCUCAUGUUGGUGACGCACGUGACGGAAGGGAGGUGUGGGCAGAACAGCGACGGUUGAUGAGGUCGGUGCAGGAGGAGUCCAUAACUCGGGGGGUGCAGCAAUUGCGUGUUGGGGAAGACGGGCAUGACGGCGAGGAAGCAGUGGGGGACGCGCACGACCCCGACUGUAACGACAACGGCGCUGAAGGUGGGGAGGACGGCGUAGGCUACAUUUCGCCGUCGAAGCAGGCGGCCGCUAUGGGAGGGAGGGGGGGGAAGACGAAGUCGUGUGGCGGUAAUGGUCGUCGGGGCAAAAGGACGACAGGCAAGGGCAACGAUGCCGAAGGUGACGUCGAUGGUGAAGGAGGUCGUCACUUCUGGUCCGUCGAUGACAUUAUAGCCCUCAUCCGGGCUAAACGUGAUCAGGAUGCGCAUUUGCAGGGGAUGGGCCACGCGUACGCUCGGAUGAAGCCGCGAGAAUGGAAGUGGCUGGAUGUGGCGACGAGGUUGAAGAAGGUGGGCGUCGACAGAGAGGCCGAUCGGUGCGGGAAGAAGUGGGACAAUCUGAUGCAGCAGUUCAAGAAGGUUCAUCAUUUCCAAGGACUGUCCGGGAAACAGGACUUCUUCCAAUUGUCAGGGAAGGACAGGAUGUCGAAGGGCUUCAGUUUCAAUAUGGAUUGUGCGGUUUACGACGAGAUACUGGGGUCGACCGCCAAGAACCACACCAUAAACCCGGAGAACGUCGCGGACACUGGCGCUCAGGGUGGUGUGCAUCAGCCAUUCGCCUCCUCUGCGGAUCCUGAAUCUGUGGGCGACGGGGACGGUGGUGCAGAGUACGAUGACGACGAUGACGGGUCCACCAAAGGUUCUUCGCAGACGACGGGUGGCGCAGGCGGUUUCGGCAAGAGGAAGAGCACAAGGCAGCAAACAUUUGAGGCAAUGACGGAGUGCAUGGAGAAGCACGGGGCGUUAAUGGCAUCAACGAUGGAGAGCAACAACAAACGUCAUUGCUCCAUCGCCAUACGUCAGUGCGAGGAGAUGGAAGCGGAGAUCGAAGUGCAGAAAAAGCACUACGCAGCGUCAGACGAAGUCAGCAAGCUUAUGUGUCAUGCCUUGCUGGAGAUAGCGAAGGCCAUCGGCAAACGGGUGAAGGCAGGCGAUGUCGCGGGGGAGGGGGACGACGACGACGCAUUGGUGAACAGGCUGCGCCAGCGGAAUACGCGGGAAGGAAUGGAGGCGGCGACGAAGCUGUGGGUGGAUGACCUCCGCUUCUGGAACGAGAGGGAGGGAUUUGCCAUCAUCAGGUUGAUCGCGGAGGCGCGCGGUUAUCUUGUGGCUGUGGCGCGGGGAGAGCAGCCUCCGCCCAUUCGACGCAGCAUCGUCUUGCCUCACAACAGCAUCCCGCACCACAAGAUCGUGGACGAGUCGGAGUUAAACGCUGCGAAGGAGAGGGCGCUGAAGGUUCAGGGGAUCGCUUUGCGGGUGAUACACGACAAGCACGAGGACGACGGCUUGGCGGCUUAUCAGGAGGCGAGCAUCCAGCGACUGGUGGGGGCUUUCACGAGCGCCGUGAUCAUCGCGGAGGCGACGGACGGCGGGCGUGUAUCGCACGAAAGGUUGAAGACCAUGGCCGACGUGAUAUGGAUGAUGCUCGCGGCGACCAUGUGGCUCAUGCGGAUGGCGGGUGACGAUCAUCGUGCGCAUUACGACGCCUGGGUCUUUGUCCAACUCACAGUGAAGCCGACGCUCGUCACAUCCAUGCAUCGCUGCUUCGACGCGCGUCGGCACAUCGUGCAAGCUGCGACCGUAAUCACCGACAAGUUGGCGAGUCCCCCAUCACUUUGAUCGACCCUCCAAUGUAUGUUCCCGACUGGGCGUCCAUCGGUGUGAAGUUCUUACACGAC